AUGAAUCGGUGUAGAUUAAUUGUAAUUUCUUUUAUUUUAAUUGUUUCUGUAAAUUAUUGUACGAUUGAUAUAAAUAAGGAGGAAUUAAUAUAUCUUGCAAAUCACUUGACACUCGGAGAAUGCAGAAAAUUAGUCGCUUAUGCUCACUAUUUAACAUAUGAUUUGCCCUUGGAACAAGACGAAGCAGAACACAAGAUAUCCAAAGAUGAAUCAUGUCUUGAACUUCUAGAACACUGGAAUUCAGAAAAAGGUGAGGGCAAAGGUGAGACUCAUGAGGUUUUGGAACAGAGACUAAGACAAAUGGAAAAAAAUGAAUUAGCUGAUUGGUUAGGCAGAACGGUAUUUCGGGAACUCGGACAAGAUCUUAACAAAAGUUUAAAGGAAGGUUUUAAUGAAAUUCUUAAUAAUACUAGUACGGUGACAGAACAGGAAGGCCCGACUAUUGCACCCCCGAUGGAUGAGAGUGAACCCACGGAAUGGUUACCCAUCGAUACAUUUUUGUAUGUUUUAGCAAUUAUGUUAGCAUUUACAGCUUGUGGCAUGUGCGUAAUGGUAAUAUAUUCAAAAUGUAAACCAGAAGGAAAACCUAUCAAACCUCAGUAUUUACCAAUAACCAAUGAAAUUUCCGACGAUGAUGACGAUGCAGAACAAAUACUCUAUGUGAAAGGAAACUAAACCUCAUCGUUUAUGGUGAUCAGUGUAUACGAAGAGACACUCCUUUUGUGUCAUUUAAACUACUGAUUUUACUCUUUAUGUAAUUUUUUCAAUCAAAAUCAAUAUUGAUAUAAUUAGUAGCAACAAAUAAAUUAUUUUAUUUUAAA